CCUUCCUCUUGUUAAAAACAACAAUAACAAAAUAGAAGUGUGGUGUAUUAUUUGCACUGCCAUGCUCACUUAUUUUGCCAAGCACCUACAGAUCAUGUACGCUGCUCUUCUCCAGCUUAAUAGCAUGUCGGCCGACCGAAAGAAUUUUCAGCAAAAGAUAUCAUGCUGAUAUUCACUUGGUUUCACCUCAUGUUCAGAUCUUUUUUAUUUUUAUAACUCACUCUCCCCCACACACACACACAUAUACUGUAUAUCUGGUAGUGUACGGAACUGCUAUGCUUUUCUCUAUGUAUCUUUCUCUCUUUCAGUCUAUUUUUAUGCAUAUGUGAGUGUUGUCUCUGAUUCUAUCUAUUCACCCUCUCACCCUGUGAAUUUGUGUGUGUGUAUAUAUAUAUAUAUAUAUAUAUAUAUAUAUAUAUAUACAUAUACAUACACAUAUAAUAUUAUGUACACGCAGUAUAUAUAUAUUUAUAGAGUGUGUCGUUCUCGUUUUCAACUCUGUUACAAUUCAACCAAGUAAACCGGUCUUUCUUUAUUUGUCUCUCUCUGUUUUCUCUGGUUUUGUGUGACUUCAUCAUAUCUCGUGACGCUUUUCACUGAACUCCGCGCCGAGAAGUGGGAGGAUAGAGAGAGACAGAAGGAAAUAAAUAUUAAAGGACAGAUAUAUACACCAAACACACAUGUUAUCUCUUGUCUCUCUCUUAUUCCUUCAUUCAGUGACAAAACACAGAAACAAGCCAAUGCUCUUUCAUUCAGAGACACGCUCCUUUUAUCACGUUCAAUCGUAGGCAGUCAGAAAGAGAGACGGACAAGCAACACAUACCGUAUGUAAUAAUAAUAAUAAUAAUAAUAAUUAUUAUUAUUAUUAUUAUAACAAGAAAUUAUGUCAGUAAUAAAGUCGGGAUUCCCCUCUUCGUCGAUCACAGGAACUUAAUCUUUCAAGGCGACGACGAGCUGUUCUGUUGGUUUGUAUCACUUUCUCUCUCUCCCCAUAUGUCACCUACUUUAAUUGCUUGACAUACGUCCCCUUCAUGAUGCCUUUACAUGGAUUUCCCCUCCUUCGUCUAAAAAGAAAACCAAUUCGAAAUCUCUACGGUUAAAAGCCUCAAUAAUCCCAUCCGAGAUUGGUCAAGCCUUUUAUUUCUGGAUUAAAAUAAAUUUCGCGCUAAUCUCCAAAGAUCGGCCUUCCCUCAAAAGUAAAAACCUCUUUGUACAAUAUUAAAGAAAAAACUCAAUGGAUAAAUAAACAAAAGAAAAAAAAAACCCAUUAAACAGGAUCAUCAGGCAAGGUUAAUUUUUUUCUUUUUCUAAAUAAGUGGCAUCGUUUUCUACUGGGAACUACCGUAACAGCAUGGACACACAUGAAGCUCUAAAAGGGUUAGUGCGUUUGAUGAAUUCUUACUAAUUUCUGCUUUCUUCCGCUAUUUCUUCCUUUCUGUCUUUUCCGCAAACCGAUUUUCAGGUUUCCAAUAUUUUAUACCACCGAUAUAGCUAACCUGAGCUGAACCCCCUCAAGGGAGAAACUUGUAGUCCAUGCUGAAAGAGAUAGUCCCAGAAUAUGCGACGCAUUUCCUUUGAAGGCUUGAACUAAUUAACACGGCUGUAAUUCCUUUCAGUUUUCACACAUAAAACUGACCCUACAUUGACUGAAGCCUUUAUUUUAAUAUUUUCUGAGGGUUCUUGGUUAUCAUUUAAUAUAUAUUUUUUGCUAUCCUUCAAAUCUGCCUCGUCUCGUGGUCUCCGAAUCAAACCACAUACGAAUAUAUAUAUAUAUACACACAUACAUAUACACGCACGCAACCCUACAAAAAAAAAAAAUUGGUAAUAUCUUAAGGAUCCGCUGUUAUUUAAACUAUCCAGAACAAGAAGUCACUUUGGGACCAGAUACAGGCAUGGAAUAUGUUUUCCCAAAUUCGGAUUGAUAGAACAAAGUCCAGGAUGGUGGGUUGUCUAAAUUAUUGGAAGCAUUGAACAAACUGUGUUUUGGUGGUUAUUCUGGCUCUUUUACAUUCUGAGUUCAAAUCUCACCGAGGUAGAAUGAUGUACUGUUGUGCUGAGAGGCACUAAGGAAUGCCUGUUCUAACAAUGAGUCGAGUACCAGUUAUAAAAUCCAAGUCCAUUGGCAGCAAACAUAGCCAACUCAUUGAUGAAGAGGAAAAUCUAUGUGGGAUAGAAUUAAAUGGAUUGUACAAGAAAAUCACCAAGAAAAUCUCAAGAUUCUCAAAGAAAGCCAGGAAGCGUUUACAAAAAUGGAAAGCAGGAGAGAAAACAAAACGAAAGAGGCGUGGAACAACAGCUUUCGUAGUGUCUUGGAUCCUCAUCUAUAUCAUAAUUCAGACUUGUAAACUGUUAUCCUCAACUGAUUAUUUGGUGUGCCUGGCGAAGCUAAAUCGAACGUUAAUCCGCCCUCAUAAUGUCCACAGUUGGCAGUCAAUCCAUGACCGACGGAGAGAUGUACUGCUGUAUUCGGCUCACUACCGGCCCCUGGGAGACAGUCGUGCUGUUCACAUCCUGGCUGUUGGCACAGGAAUUCCUCAGGAACUUAUUUGUCUACUUUGGUAUGCUGACUCUUUCUUUCCAGAUGUGAUAAAAGCAACCACUUUGAACCAUGAUGUUGAUGAAGUAAAGAAAGGGCGAAUAGUCGAGCAGUUUUUCUUCACUUGUGCAUGUAACUCAACCCAACCACCAAUUUAUGUGUCCUUGACGGGUCCACGAUGUUCAGUGCCGACAACUUUCCUUCAGGUACAGGUGCCACAAAAAGAGGAACCUGUGAAAGAAUUUGGUAUCUGCAUGUCGAGUACGAAUGUCAAUGUCCAUCCAUAUCACAUCAUAGAAUGGAUGGAAGCUCAUCAGAUGUUUGGCAUCGACGAGAUAACACUGUAUUAUCACACCUUUUCCAGCAACAUGUCACGGGUGUUAAACCAAUAUCAGAAAGAUGGCUUUGUUAGGCUUAAUUAUGUGUCAGUUCCCAGACGAUAUGGAUUCUGGUCAGACUUUAAAAUCAUAUCUUCUUUAUCGCUCAAUGACUGUAUGUGGAAAAAUAUGUAUCGAUAUCACUACAUCUUCAUUCUGUUAAACUUUGACGAGAUUGUCAUACCACGUAUACACAACAACUAUAGCGCGUUACUCGACUAUGUCGAUCGAACUGAAGGGCUUGUGGUGCCAGCCACAUCAUACCUUUUCCAAAAUACUGUUUUCAAUCUUUGCGCUGCUGAUACAAAAGAUCCUGCAUUUUCAAACUUUCUCCGCUACUUGAAGCGAGAUCCUCCUAGCGAGGAAAUGCGAGAUUUCCGUUCUCUCGUCAAUCCCAGAUACUGUCUUUCAUUGUUUACGCAUUAUUGUCAUUCAUUUGUCUCGGUGGAAGCAAUGCCAUGGACAGUGAAAGUCCAUCAGCACGUUGCUCUCACGCAUCACUAUCAUAAUGUCAACAAAAAAAAAGUCAACUGUGAUAACAUGAAGAAGAAUUUGGCUGUGGACAGAACGGUGGAUCGCUUCCGCAAACCUCUCAGUAAACGGUGUGAAAAUCGAAUAAUGCAGCACAAGCUUUAAUAACUAAUUGAUCUUCCCACCUCAUAAAUGCCAUCAGAUAACAGAUCAAAACAAAUGAUCAGCACUUAGUUCUGUAAGCAAAUUAGAGGGUGGUCAGUUGGCAGAGAUGGUAGAGUGUUGGACAAAUGUUAUUGCAACAUUUAAGUUUCCUUUCCCUACGUUCUCAGCUCAAAUAUUGAUGAAGGUCAACUUUGCCUUUUGUCUCUUCACUGGGGUUUAGGGAUUGAUAAAAUAAAUACCCAAUAUAAAUUAUAUUUGGGUCAGCACAGUCAAAUAUACUACCCAACUGUUGUUCAACAUCAAACAUUGGCCCUUGUGCUUAAAUAAGAACUGCAUUAAGAGGUUGUGUCAUGAACUCCGGUGUCUGUCUGUCUGUCUUUCUGUCAGCAAGGCUUUGCCUUCACUUUAUCCCAUUGAUAACCAGGAAGUUUGAACCAAAUAUUUAUACUGCAGUUAUAAAUAUCAAGAUUGGUUACUGAAAGAGCUUCUAGAUGGUCAUUUGGCUCACUAGAAGAAAUAAACUCCCUCAGACUACAACAAUGCCCAAAUAGUCUUAAAAAUUGCUAUGAUCUAGUGACACAUUGUUUAAAGUAGUCCUAGAUAUUCAAUGCCAAAGGAAACACAAUUUUGUGAGGCUGGGAUACUCUUUUAUCAGAGAAACAUCUCAGCUUAAUCAGGGCUAACCAUCAGCAACAAUGGGAAAGAGAGAGACAGCAAGACUGAGACAUCAUAUGACACAAUUUUGGCAGAAAUAAAUACAGUCAUAAAAAAAAAAAUAUUGACAUUUUAUUUAUUCUGAAUUAUCAGAAUUUUAUAUUCCAAGGAAAAGAUUUUCACUUAUCUUUUUCUGAUCAUUAUUACUGCUUUCAUCAUCAUCAUCGUCAUCAUCAUCACUGUCAUGGUGGCAGAGUAUUGUGAUCUUAAUUAUGUUCUGUGCCACCAAGGUCAACUUUGCUCCUCCUUUCAUCCUUCCGGUGUCAAAAAAAAAAAGAAUAAAAUAAGUACCAGUGAAAGGGUAUGAAUUAAU